GCCGGUGAGUGGUAAUCCCCUGCCGUCCAUGGUUUACUCUGAGCCCGUAUUUAAUUCCUCUAAACCCUCAGCUGCCGUCCUGGUUACUCACUGCACGACAGACUGUGAACCGCUCCGGUUAUUAAUAAUUCACCAGAACUCCACUCCUCCGGCCGCGAUCCACUGCUGCUCCUCGGCGCGCUCCGGACCCCCGCAUCACUUUUUUUCUGGGUUUAUUACACUUUAACAGCCGUUAACCCACUAUUUAAUUAAUUCGUCAUUCAGGAAUAUAGCGUAGGCUACACACAGGCGCGUUCUCGCGAAUUCGUCUGGAAUGCUGAAGUGUCGCUUCUCUCCCAAACUCAUUGAGUGCAACGUCCAUGGUGCCAUAUCUGGUGCUUGUGAUCUUUUUUUGUAAAUCUGGGCGCGGAUGAACAGGUGAAGAAGGGACCAAAGAUAAUUCCACUUUUUUAGGAUGACAAGAGGAUUGGGAUAAUACACAAAGCUUCAUUGAGGCGCACGUUGAGCCACACAGAAGCAACAGCUUAUUUGUAAGCGCGUAAGCAGAGUCUACUUACUGUUGGUCUUCACUCCCAUGCAAAGAAAGAAAUCUGCUCUUUUUCUUGGAAGCUGACGAGACGCUCGCAUCGUGUACGGAUUUGCCUCGCGGGGCAUUCUGUGGACAGAGGAGACGGAAGGGACCGCGCAUUGACAGACGUCAACAGCAAGUCCUCAAAACUCCGGGAGUCACGGUCUGUGUUUGCAUGGAAGUAACACGCGGUGAAAGCGGACAUAAACACCCAGAAUAAAGCCGCGAAGUGGACUUGGAUACGCCGGCUCCCUUUCCCUGUCGUAUGAGAAGAGUAAAACUACAAUAAAAAAAUGUUCGCCGGGCUACAGGCCGUCCCGUAUUAGGGUUCUUUUGCUUCCGGUAUCAGAAGAAACCGAGUAGUUUGCUCUCUCCCACACAUUUUGGAAGCUGAACUUUUGUAGAGUGGAAAAUGGGUCUUUGAGACAGUUGGCACAUUUCCCUGCUCCACAAUGGCCAGCGAAACCUUUCUGGUGAAUGAAGACCCGUCCAGAGGUCCUGGGAUGCCUGAAUGCUUUGUAGUAUCAGAUUCCUACAGGUAUUGCACUACUCACCUUCUAAACAAUGCAUUAGUGGAUGAAUUUCAUCCCUUCAUCGAGGCCCUUCUUCCCCAUGUCCGAGCCUUUUCCUACACUUGGUUCAACCUGCAGGCCCGCAAACGCAAGUACUUCAAGAAACACGAGAAGAGGAUGACAAAGGACGAAGAACGCGCGGUGAAAGACGAGCUGCUCGGCGAGAAGCCUGAGAUCAAGCAGAAGUGGGCGUCACGGCUGCUGGCCAAGCUCCGCAAGGACAUCCGGCCGGAAUUCCGCGAGGACUUUGUCCUCACCAUCACGGGGAAGAAACCCCCCUGCUGUGUCCUCUCCAACCCGGACCAGAAGGGCAAGAUCCGCCGAAUCGAUUGCCUCCGCCAGGCCGACAAGGUGUGGAGGCUGGACCUGGUGAUGGUCAUCCUGUUCAAGGGCAGCCCGCUGGAGAGCACGGACGGCGAGCGGCUGGUCAAGUCGCCCCAGUGCUCCAACCACGGCCUUUGCGUCCAGCCCCACCACAUCGGAGUGUCUGUCAAGGAACUCGACCUCUACCUGGCCUACUUCGUACACUCGCCAGAAUCUGGACAGUCAGACAGCUCAAACCAACAAGGAGACACAGAUAUCAAGCCACCGCCCAAUGGGCACUUGAGUUUCCAGGACUGCUUUGUGACUUCAGGGGUGUGGAACGUGGCUGAGCUGGUCCGUGUGUCACAGACUCCAGUGGCUACAGCGUCCGGCCCCAACUUCUCCCUGGCCGACCUGGAGAGUCCUGGCUACUACAACAUCAACCAGGUGGCCCUGGGAAGGCGCUCCAUCACCUCCACUCCCUCCACCAGGACUGAAAUGGAGCUUUAUGCAAGUCUCCCACGGAGCUCCAACAAGCGCAAGUCCAUUGACGACAGUGAGAUGGAGAGCCCGGUGGAUGAUGUGUUCUACUCUGGCCGUUCUCCGGCGGCCGGCAGCAGCUCCCAGUCCGGCGGCUGGCCCAAUGACGUGGACGCAGUGCAGCACCAUUUGGCCAGUGUGCAGGAGAGGAAGAUUAAGCAUGAAAACGAUGGCGUGCAGUUUCCUUACCAUGGACUCUCCUCGCCUGGUUCUCUUAAGAAGCCGGGGAAAUUCGAUUACAGCUCCCUGUCGCAGCAGACGAGGUCGCCCCGCGUGCCGUUCACCCAUCACCCGCUGCCAAUGCUGGCGGGCGUGAGACCAGGGAGCCCCCGUGCUUCAGCGUCCGCCCUGCACUUCCCCUCUCCCUCCAUCAUCCAGCAGUCCAGCCCGUACUUCACCCACCCCACCAUCCGCUACCACCACCACCCUGGACAGGACCCCCUGAAGGAGUUUGUGCAGUUUGUCUGUGCUGAUGGCUCAGGGCAGUCUGGCAGCCAGCCAAACGGGAGCGGCCAAAGCAAAAUGCCGGGCUCCUUCUUGCUGCCUCCACCUCCCCCAGUGGCCCGCCCUGUGCCCCUCCCCAUGUCCGACUCUAAAUCCAGCAGCACGCCCCCAGACGGCGGACUGACCUCGCCCACAUCUCCGUCAUACUCCACGUCAGGGACCACCGCUCCCAACAGGUUUGUCAGCAUCGGAUCACGGGACAACAACUUUCUGAACAUCCCACAGCAGACUCAGUCUUGGUUCCUCUGACAUGACCUGUCUGCAAACCAGCAACUAGAAUUAUUUCUUUACAAUCGGGAGUUGAAACAUGGAAAACCGAGAAAUAACCCACAGGAAAUUGCCCUCAGAAACAAACAAACCAGGAAAUCUAGUAGAGGAACUCUGGACACCAUUACUUAAACAGAGGGAACCCCCCCCCCCCCCGUGUUUAAGCAGGGAGGAUGAUAUGAUUUGGGAGGGGAGGAGGACAAGCAGUCAUCUCUCAAAACCACCGAACCAGCGAAACAUGGCAACACAAAAAAAGGAACCAGAAGAGAAAAAUGGUUACCUUCUACUUCCAAACAAGGACGCAUUGUGUAAUGGCUGGGAAAAUCAACAGAUCAACGGCAGACCUUUUCAUACAAAAAAAACAAACAAACACACAUAGAGUUGAAGGCUAACAGAAUAUAAAUGAGGCACCCUCGCCACGGUCAUAUUCCAACAAGCCCAUUUGGUUCCAGUGAAAUACAGUUUGUGUUACUGUGACGUCACUCAAAACAAAUCAAUUGACCAGUCUUUCCCAGUCUUAUAACCAUUGGCCUAAUCAGCCCCACUACUAACAAGACAGGAACCUGCCAAAAACAUAUCCUAAAUGUUACGCCACAAGCUGAAUUAACACUAAUCUCAUGUGCACUAGUCCCCCUAUGCGGCCCGGCUGGAAAACAGGCUUUCAGUUUUGUUUUUGGUGGAAGAGGGAAAACUAUGACAUGAGAUGUCUCAACAAACAGCUCCGCAACACCACGGCCUUCACUUUAACCAGCAUCCCAGUAGAAGAACCAGAACCCAGAAAAGCAAAAUGCAAUUGCCUAGUUCACUCUUGACAACUUACCACUACUACAAGAAGUGCUAUGUCCAUCCACUUUCAAUUGAAUGACGAAACCCGAUUUCAACACACACACACACACACUCACACGUACAGUGUAAUAAGUGACAUGCUAUUCUAUUCUGUAAAAUAUAUUUUCCCCCUUGUAAUAGACAGGUUAUAAACCUUUUCAAAUCAUUAGGGACAACUUACUGUAAAAUAUAUUUGCCCCCUUGUAGUAGACACAGCACCACAAACUUCUUUAAAAACACGAAGGCCUAUGCAUCAAUAAGCCUAAAUACACUGCGGCAGUAGUAAUAUUCCCAUUUGUGCAGAAUUAUGUAAUGUUUUUUGUUUCUUCUCUUUUUGGAAUUCCUUUGAAUUUGUCCGUUUUUUUUUUUUCCACAUAUUUUGUUUGAAUGACAGCACCUUAUUGAGAAAUCCAGCAGGUGGGAGCGAGACUUAGAGUGGUAUUGCCAGGAAGGAUGAUCCGGUCAGUGUUUAGUAGCGUGCAGUGAAACAGUGACAUUAGGUUGCUGAGGGCCUAGAGUCCACCACCCUCCGUCUCCCUGAAGUUUACCCUUUUUGUUUACACUCCCAGACUGCCCCUGUUCCAAGAACAGAGAGCCACGCUGUGGAGCAAAAUGAUGAUGUGACAUAUCUGUUCCCAUGGUUGGGGAGGAAAGCCUGGGCUCCAGGCACUAUUGAGAUGGUUUGGCAGGGUAGUAUGUUCUUCUCUAUUCCCGGACCCUUGCAGGUCCCUGUGUCACCCAUACUGUUACGCAGAUGUUUCCCUUCAAUCAGCCCUUAUGGAUCCAACUGCACUAAAGAUAACUUACCAGCCAAAGGUUAUAAACCUUUUCAAAUCAAUAGGGACAACUUACACUACCUUAGCACCCCCCCCCCCCCCCCCCCCACCUAAAAACACACACACACAAUCCCAUGCGAACCUAUAAACAGCAAAUCCCAGCCACCAGCCCCUUGCCAAACUGUCCAUUAAGGCACGUCCUGACAUAGAGGCUGAGGAAACCUUUUGUCUGGAAUCAAAUCGCUAAGUCAUUACAAAUUCUACCGUUACUUUCAGUUCGAGCACAUUUUCUUUAGUAUUAUUAAGUCACCAACCUCACUAAAUAACUGGACUGCCCGGCCAUGUGCUUCACUGCAGGGAAAAGGUGUUGCCACGCGGCUGCCGUCUCAUCAGCAUGAUAGAGGAGCAGCUCUGCUGGAUAAACAUGACGAUGGCUGUGGUGGUUUCUCUUCUGAUCUAUGGAAGUGCCUCUGUAUUCCCAUUAUGCAAUUUGUUAAACAUGAAUUCAGGUUGUUUUUCUCACAUAUAAGCUAUUGUGAAUGGUGGGGACGUUCUAUGUCUGGGGGACAAAACAGCGACAGAUCACUAGGUGAAUGCAAUCAUCUUUAUGUACACAUAUAUAUUUAUAGAUAUAUACAUUUUUAUUUGCAAAAUUAGCUCUGUGGCAGUCUAGUUAUUUUUUGAAGCAUGGCACUGUCAAUCGAUGCGUCUUCAGCGGCUGAUUAGUGCUGAAGUGUCAGUCCCCACACCUACACCUACAAGCAAAAAGUCCUCUACAAAUACGAUAGAUACGUGAUUUAUAUAGCAAACAGUGAAGUGACAUUGUAGUCAAAGAAAAGAACGGAUUUGAUUUUGGUUGUUCUUUCUUGUUUGGUUGGGAAGUAUUGUUGAAAAAAAAAAAUCUUGUAUGUAUGUUGAUUGAGCCAUGUGCAAUGCCUUGGGUAGAUAACUAUUGUGUCUGAUGGAGAUGUUUGAGGGUGUUUAGAGAAAAGUGAGGGUAAACCUCUAUUUAGUUUUUGUUUUAAGUCCCCAUGCUCCGGGACUCUAAACUCAUGGGUGGAGAGAGAAAAAAAAUCCCAGUCUUUGUAAGUUUGGGGAAUUCGUUUUGAAAUGUUUUCCUUAUUUCUUUUAUAAUUUCUAUUUGUAAUGAUUUGUUUAUAAAAUGUGGGAAGGCUGAAGGAACAAUUUUGCAAAACAAAAAUAUAUAUCACUAAAUGAAACUGGUGCUUUUUAUGAAAUAAAGUACAUUCAAACUCUAUUAUACAUAAAUAGUAAUAAACAAAAUUAAGUGUUAUCAUAAAGCAAAUUUUAGGAAACAUGCAUUAUUCUAUUUCUCUUUUUGUAUUAACCAAGAGGGGAAGGGUUUCAAUAUAUGAAAAGGUUGUGACAAAAGGCAUUUUUCUUCAUCCUUUAUCCCAUAGCAGAAAGAGAUCUGUUUAGAGAUUCACUAGGUAGUUAUUCUGACAAUGGGAUGGUGAACUAGAGGGCUGAAAGGACUAAAACCUGUUUAACAGAUAAAUUCCAUCUUGUAUCCAAACUUGUAAGCUGUGGACACAUUUAAAAUUGUUUAAGACACAGACAAGGUCUUCCCCAAUUUGGGAGAUGCUUUAGAAAAUGUUUUUACUGUUUGCUCAACCACAAAGUGAAAAGUAGCGUUUGGCGAGAUGGGAGGUGUAAUGUGAAAUACAUUUUGGUAGGCUUAGCUGACUAGUAGACUCCUAUCUCAACCCAAACAAAAGAUAGGGCAGGGUAAGUUGGAGUGUAUUUUGAGCACAAGUUAUAAGUAUCAAAGAAGUGAACCCCUUCCCCCAUUCCAUGCCCCCCCCUCCCAAUCCCCAGUGUACAUGACUUUAAAUAUUUGUUUGGUGAUGUAGUGUUAGACUCAGAGCAUCUUAAAGGUUGUACCCUAAAAAGUGCCUUUUGUUCACAGACUCCAUCUUGUAUUCCUGAGUGCCCGUUACAAAAAAAAAGUCCCCUCCUUCAUACUUCUUCUAUAUCCUCUUCUUCAAGCUUUUCAAAGCAGUAUACAGUAUAUAAUACUAAAGGAAAUUGGUGUGAUUUAGUUCUUUUCAUUGUUGAAUAAUUAAGAAAAGAAAAAAAAAGUAUGUCUUGCUUCUCUUCCUCUGUAUCUUGUCUUCUGUCUCUCUUGGACACUGGAGUAGUCGUUAGCCUCCUUACCCUUUCCUUAUGCUUCCCCAAUCCCCCUUUUUUCUGAAUGGAAACUUUGCAAAAACGUUGUCUGAGCAGAAUGCAGUUAGCUCACAUGUUAUUCUUGUCUGUAUGCUUCACAUUGUAUACCAUACCCAUCUCUUCAGCUUAUUCAUUGAACAGCUAAUGUAAGUGAACAAGUUACGCCGGUGGGCUCUUGGCGUGUGGCGAGGAGAGGGUCUGUGAGGGCGCCUUGGUUUUUGACUGGGACGCUUGGGAUGACAUAUCUCACUGUAGGGGGUGAGUAGGACUUCCCCUUUUGAUGGGCAUGAGAGCUACAUGGCCAGUGGGGCAGAAUAGACAGGUUCGUUUGUGAUUCUUGUUUUUAACUAUUAUAUAUAUAUUUCUUUUUUUUUUACUGAAUUAGGAUUUGCUUUGAUCUUGUUGUUAUUGCAUAUCUUAGGCAGCAAUGCUGCACUGAGACCUUCAAUGAUGCACCUUUUAGUGGUUGUAUGAGACCAGCUAUUUAAACAAGUGAAAGUACCUGAAAUGACUAAGCACCUUAUAUCGAAAUGACUGACAGGCUCAGAUUCACAGUCCAAAAAAACCCAGCCACAAUAGUCCACAUCAUUUAGACUACAUAUUCAAAUUAAGUGAAGAGUUUUAGGUUUCACACGUGCUACAUAAAGACAUGCUUAGAGCGCAUCUUGCAGUUUCACCAGCAGAAUCAAGAAAAGGUUUGAUAGUAGACCUACUUGUUUCCUACAAGAAUAUGCACAUUCUUAUUCUAAGUGAUUGAAGCCAGCAUUAGCAUUAGCUUUUACACAAAGAUCCAGUUUCGAAGCCAUAGUGACAAACAGGUUGUAGUGUGCUUUGCUUGGACAGAAUGUCGGUCCCGACCCAUUUUGCCCAGCAGUACCAGACAGCUCCAACUCCUGGGCCUUGGACUUUGUUAAUAUUUUUCCUUUGCUUUGUUUGUUUUUAUUGUGUAUGGCAUUGGGCCGUGUUUAGCGAUGUGUAGUGAGCUCCCAGCUGGCCAUGCCGCCCCCCCAGCUCCCACUGGGCCUCUCUGUGCAGCUGCCCUCCCUCAGGAACACACCGGCCAGAGCCCAUGGUGAAAUGCAUGUGUUAAUUACAGUUUCUUUUCCAUAAUAAGAAAAACAGUUAAAAAAAAAGAGCAACACCUUUAACUGAUUGAAUAAAAGGAUGUUCUUGACUGUAACAUA